GCAGGAGAACCAAAUAAUCAUUUUGGAGUGGAAGACUCUGUAGAAAUGUAUGCAGAUGGCAAAUGGAAUGACAAAUCCUGUAAUGAAAAACGAAAUGGCUGAAGGGUCCAGAGAAUUUUUGUAUAUUCUCAACCAACUGGGACAUCCCCAGAAAUAAGGAGGGCGUUGCUUCUUGAAAAUAUGCAGUGGGAAAUUACUUGCAUAGUGUCCAUUUGUUUGAGACAAAAAUGCAUGGUCAGACGCCUGAACAAUGCUGCUGCUUCCAACACUGAUCACUUUUGCCCUGGGAAUAUCCCUGCUGAACACAUCCACUGCAACUCCAAGCCAGGUUCAAAAAUGGGAUCUAAAUGCAUGUGCAGUAGUUGUAUGUGGACCUGCUCAGAACGGGUUACCAGGCAGAGAUGGAAGAGAUGGGAAGGAAGGCCCUAAAGGAGAAAAAGGAAGUCAAGGAUUACAAGGAUUAAAGGGGUCACAAGGUCCUCCAGGAAAGAUGGGCCCUGCUGGAUUAGUAGGAGGGAACGGCUCACCAGGAGAAAAAGGCACAAAAGGGGAUAUUGGAGCUAGAGGAUUGCAAGGAGUGCCAGGUUUGAAGGGUAACCCAGGCAAUGCGGGCCCUUCUGGGCCAAAGGGGGAUAGGGGUUCACCAGGUGAAAAAGGAGUAAAAGGGGAGAGAGGCCUGCCAGGAACUACAGGUUCGAAGGGACAGCCAGGAAUCGCAGGCUUCCCUGGGCCAAAAGGGGACAAAGGUUCAGUCGGUGAAAAGGGAGCAAAAGGAGACAAAGGAGACAGAGGGUUACAAGGAAGCUCAGGUUUACAGGGCCCCAAAGGGCAAAUUGGUUCUUCUGGGCUAAAAGGUGAUAAAGGUUCAGUAGGUGAAAAAGGAACAAGGGGAGACAGUGGACUAUCAGAAAUCAAUCUCCUUAAAAGACAAGUAAGUACUUUGGAAGGGCAGCUGAGAGCUCUGCAAAGCAGCUUCUCCAAGUACAAAAAAGUUAUAAUGUUCCCGAAUGGUAGAAUUGUUGGUGAAAAGAUAUUCAUGACCAGUGGCUAUGAAGGCAACUUUGACAAUCUGAAACAAAGAUGUUCCCAAGCUGGAGGCCAGCUUGCUUCUCCUCAGAAUGCCGCCGAGAAUGCUGCCAUCCAGCAGAUAGUUGUUUUGUACAACAAAUUAGUGUUUCUUGGGAUAAAUGAUAUUCAGACAGAGGGUCGUUUCAAGUAUCUAAAUGGAGAAAACAUUGUGUAUUCCAACUGGCAAACAGGGGAACCAAAUAACGACAAAGGCAUUGAGGACUGUGUAGAAGUCUAUUCAAGCGGAAAGUGGAAUGACAAACCCUGUGGAGAGAAACGGCUAAUUGUGUGUGAAUUUUAAACCACCUGUCACAUUGCCUUUGCUUCACUUGAUGGAAGUGACACAUUCUGUAGUGUGUUAGUAUCAAAUAUCUAUCAUUUUUAAUGGGGCUUUGCAGGUAUAUAGGAUUUCAAAGUUUAAAACAAAAUCAUCAGAUUCUGCUUUUUGUGCUAAACAAUGUUAGUUCAAGUAGAAAGCAGUUUUCCUUCAUGUACGGAGUCUGAUAAAAUCCAAAUGAGCAGAUGCAACCCCAUGCAGAAGGAUACAUUGAUGGAUUAGUCUCCUAGGAAAUACAAGACAGACUUGACAUUGUUCUGAUUGGCCACAAGAGGUCACCUGUAUGCCUGACGAACAUGCUUGGCAGUGCAUUCUCUUGCUUGCUUAACAUUUAUAAUUUAUUUUUCUAUUACUGUACUCCAGAGACAUCCCAUACUAGGUCAGAGUUCAAUUGUGCAAGGAGCUGUACAAACACUAGGAAGACAUAGCCCCAAAGAGCUUAUAUUUGACUUUAAGAAGUAUUCUGUGCUUCUCUACUUGGAAUUAUUUAAGGACAUAUAUCUUUGUUAAAACCUGGAUCUGUUUGUUGAAAUGCCUAGUGACCUGGAAGAAUAUAAGCCACCGCAUUUUUUGUACUGUUGUUCGUUGCUUGAUUUUUUGUCAGUGAAAUAUUGUAUGCACUGUACUUUCAGGUGUGAAGAGUUUACAUGGAAUUAGAUGACAGACUGCAUGAAUUUCCCCAAAUAGUCUCAGAUCACAAAGAACUUCAUUAAAAUCAGUUUAAUUAGAAACAAAGAAAAUCUUCUCAAAACAAAAAGAAUGAUAUGAAAGGAGGAAGGUGCUUAAAUGACCCCAUUACUGUAGUAUUUGAGCUCCAAUAACCUCUGUCCUGUCUGAGAGACUCCCUUUGAUAUCUUCAUAAGACUCUUCCUUUUCCCAGGACAGACAGACUGGAUUGCCUUCUGCUGUCCCAACACCCAACUGUACAUCAAAUUCUGCUUUUACACAUUUGAAGAGGACUGUGUUUCUCAAAUUAUGUUGCAAUGCAAAAAGCUGCAUGUAGAAUUCAACUGACUUAAUAGGUAUAAAUAGCUCAUGACUUCUCAGGCCAAAUAGAACUCCAUGAAUGUCUUUUCUGGCUAAUGUGGUUAGUCUGAAGUCAAAGUCAGUAUCUCACUGCGUCCUACACGUAGAGAUAAUAUCUGUUUCUCAAUAGUUCCCUCUAUAUAAAAUAGAAAUUAUUGACAGAUGAAGCUGCAUUUGUCACAGUUCUACUUAGUAGAAAGAAUCUUUUUUUAAAAUCUUAAAAUAUCCAA